AUGGCGGCGGCGGUCAAUCUUUUUAACAGGGCAGGCUGCGUUCAAUGGGUUCCAUAUACAAAUCAACCUAAUUAUGUAGAAAUAAUUGGAAGUCGCAAGCUCUUGUGCGCGACACAUUUUGGGUUUCGGAAAACACAGGUUCAUGAGCUGUUUCUUGGAGAAAUUGGCUGUACGAGGGUGGACGGUGCUCUACACGAAAUGAUGCACGUUGCCGGGGCCGUCCAUGAACAGUCAAGGGGCAGUGAUCGACAUAAAGCCAUAACUAUUAAUUGGGCUAACAUUCCCAGGGACAAGCAACACAACUUCUUCGGUUAUGUUACGUCCAAUGCUAGAGAAUAUAACAUCGGUUCUAUCCUCCAUUACGAGGUAUUAACUAAAAGCAAGAGAAAAGAGUUUACUCUUAAUGAUCCUGACUUGGAAUAUUUGCUAGAAGGGCACACCGAUCUCUCGUUUUACGAUAAAGCGGAGCUAAAUGAAUUUUAUAAAUGCGCUGAUGACUGUGUUAAUCCCCCAGUUUGUCAGAACGAAGGCUUUGUGAAACAGGUGCGUGGUGUGUGUAGCUGUGAGUGUGUUGAUGGAUUAAUAGGAUCAAACUGCAGACAAGUAAAUACCAGUGUUGGAUGCGGAGGGACAAUCCGAUUGCUUUCCAGCGAAUCAGUGUUGAUUGACAUGCUUGGAUACAAGACAGGCCUGACCUGUACAUGGUUAAUUAAGGUGAAUCGUCAGAAGGAAAAUAUUAUUUAUUUUAGAAUAAACGAUAGUGUUCUUUUGCAUGGCAAGAGAAUUUGUGGAAACUCGGGUGGUGCAACAUUCACCAAGCAAAACCUAGGUCCUACCAAUAUAAUGAUCGUCCGCUUUGAUAGCGACCGAUACAAGACCGUCUCUCCCGGGGAAGGGUUUACUUUGACAGUGACUGCAGCGCCAUCAGGAGCCAAUCGAUGCUUGCGGUUUAAUUAUGGUUUAGCAGAAAACAUUGGAGGUAAUAACCCAACAUCUUUGACAGUCAGGAUAUCUAGUGAUACAGGAACCUCGAUGAUUGCAUUUGCAACAAAUACUUUAAACAAAUGGAAAAAUGCUGAAAUUGACCUGUACGCAGUGAAUAACAUGACGAUCGAGUUUAUAGGUGUAUAUGGAAACCAGGGGCUUGUUGUAGACAAUAUCCGGAUAACACCUCUACUCUGUGAUAUCUGUACAGUUAAGAGUUGUCUGAAUGGAGUAUGUUUCCCAUUGUCCUCCUCAACAUACACCUGUGAUUGUGACGAGGGUUGGAGCGGGUCCAGAUGUGAUACAUAUGUAUGUGCUAAUGACGAAUGCAAUCAAGGCCGAUGUGAACCUCUAUCAGAAAUAAAAACACGGUGUAUUUGUGAUAAUGGCUGGCAUGGGCAAUUUUGUGAUAUAAAUCCCUGUGAAUAUAUGCCCUGUAAACACGGCGUGUGUGAAGUAAUGUCGCUAACAGAGGCCCAGUGUGUUUGCAACAGUAUAUUCUGGAUAGGAAAGUACUGCGAUAUAUGGAUGUUUACUCCACGACUUUAG